UAAUCAAAAUCUCAAGCCACCCCACCCCACCCUACCCUACCCCAGAUCACCGGUAUUUGUUCAUCAAUAAAGCUCUUCUUCUUUAAAGACCCUUGAGUGACCAAAGAACACGUCUUCUUCUUCCCUUUCCAACUCAAUACCUCAACAACCCCCAGAUCAAGAAGCCGAUUCUCAAACCCCCAAUUAAGAAAUUUUACUUUCUGUAAAGUUUAUUUCUUAGAUUCUUCACACCUUCCUCCUUUUCUAGAAACAAAACCCAAAAUUUUCAUCAAAACAUAGCUUAGAUCAAAGAAUUGCAGAAAACCCAUUUUUUGCAUGUUUUCAGACCCAAUGAAAGUACAAAAAGUUGAAGCAUUGAAGAAAAAACAAGAAAAUCUGGAGAGUUCUUAAUUGUAAUGGAUCCCCAGCUUGCAGUCUCUUUUGUUGUUCGAUUUCCUUGGAGGAAAGAAAUCCGUACUCAAUUUGCAUAACCCAUUGAAGCUCCUUUUGUUAAUAUUUUGAGGCAAAUUCAGUUGGUUAUUUGUGUGUUGUGAAGUGGGUGCUAAGUAUUAUCGCGUAGUGAUCAUGCAGCGGCUGCUACUCGAUGCAGUCACCAUGGCGCCGCCGGAUGACGGCGGUAGUGGCGGCCAGCAACAUUCGAAGUACAGCAAAGAAGCAAAUUUCGAUACUAAUAUGGUGAUCAUACUGGCUGCUUUACUGUGUGCCUUGAUUUGUGCUCUGGGGCUUAAUUCGAUUGUACGUUGUGUUUUAAGAUGUAGCAGGAGGUUAGCUUUUGACGGCGUUGACGCCGCCGCUGCACAGGUGGUGACGACAGGGGUUAAAAAGAAGGCGUUAAAACAGAUUCCGGUGGCUGUCUAUGGUGCCGGAGUAGAGAUUCCGGCUACUGAGUGUCCGAUAUGUCUCGGAGAGUUCAUGGAUGGUGAGAAAGUUAGGGUGUUGCCGCAAUGUAAUCAUGGGUUUCAUGUACGGUGUAUUGAUGUAUGGUUGGCUUCACAUUCGUCAUGUCCAACUUGCCGGCGGUCGUUGGUGGAGCUGCCGGCGGUGGCGGUGGCGGAGGGUAGAUCUCGUGACGGUGGUGAUGAUCGUGUAAUUAUUGUUUAGGUUCAGUUUUUUGAUAUUGAGAGUUGUUUUUGUGUUGAAACCUCCUGCUCGACUAUUAGGUAAAAUUUAUGUUUUUUAUGUAGUUUUCUUGUAAUAUAAAUAAUGUUUAUUUUAUUUAGCAUGAAAAUUAAAUCUUGGACGCCAUCAUUAAAUUACUGAAA